AACUCUACUGUAGUGGGUCGAGUUUUAAAACUCUCUCAGCUCGAUCUGUGUCAACAGCAUUUAGCGCACGUAUUUCACGUUACACUUACCCGUUUGACCACGAUGAUGUCUGCUCUUGAGGAGUCACCAAAGUGUUAAAUGUUUGAAAUACACGGCCGCCGAAAUCCACAUGUAAAGAGAAGAGAAAGAGAUCCAAUGCAUUUUUGCAAUAGACUUUGCCAAGGAGAGCUCAUAAUCUGGAGUUAGGAGAGCACUGAAAAGUCCUGUGCAGUAUUUGUUUUCCUGCAAAGAGUAAAGCAUUUAAACAUCAUCAAGCUGGCUCACUCUCUUCCGACCCAGCCUGCUUUGACAGCUGCUCUUCACCCGCUCUGGAGGACGGUCAGCAGCAAGAGGAUGGCAUCAGAGCUGGCACUGAGCAGCUCCGACCUGCCCACCAGUCCCCUGGCCAUGGAAUAUGUUAAUGACUUCGAUCUGAUGAAGUUUGAGGUGAAGAAAGAGCCACUGGAGCCCGAUCGCAGCAUCAGCCAGUGCAGCCGCCUAAUCGCCGGGGGCUCCCUGUCUUCCACCCCGAUGAGCACGCCCUGCAGCUCAGUUCCCCCUUCCCCAAGCUUCUCGGCGCCCAGCCCUAGCUCCGGGAGCGAGCAGAAGGCGCACCUGGAGGAUUUCUACUGGAUGACCGGUUAUCAGCAGCAGCUCAACCCCGAGGCGUUGGGCUUCAGUCCCGAGGACGCGGUUGAAGCGCUGAUUAACAGCACACAUCAGCUCCAGAGCUUCGACGGCUAUGCAAGAGGGCAGCAGUUUAGUAGCGCAGCCGGACCGGGAGGCGCCAUGGCCGGGGAGGAAAUGGGAUCCGCAGCUGCGGUGGUGUCUGCAGUCAUUGCCGCCGCUGCAGCGCAGAACGGGGCACCUCACCACCAGCACCAUCAUCAUCACCACAGCCACCACCAGCAGCACCAAACUCCCGGGGUCCCGUCCAGCAACAACUCCUCUGCCAUCCACCACCAGCACAGCCACCUGGACGAUCGCUUCUCGGACGAGCAACUCGUUACCAUGUCCGUGCGUGAGCUCAACCGGCAGCUGCGCGGCGUCAGCAAAGAGGAGGUGAUCCGACUCAAACAGAAGAGGAGAACCCUUAAAAACAGAGGCUAUGCCCAGUCGUGUCGCUACAAGAGGGUCCAACAGAGGCACGUACUGGAGGGUGAGAAGACCCAACUCAUGCAGCAGGUGGACCACCUCAAACAAGAGAUCUCCAGACUGGUGCGUGAAAGAGACGCGUACAAAGAGAAGUACGAGAAGCUGGUGAGCAGCGGCUUCCGAGAAAACUCGUCGAGCAGCGACAACAACCCCUCAUCCCCGGAGUUUUUCAUGUGAGUCCCCUAAAAAAAAAAAGCCUAAAAAAGAAAUAAAUAAAGUUUUUUAAAGUUUUUUUUUAUUUUUAUUUUUAUUUUUUUAUCUCUCAUUGUUUUGGGGGUUGUAAGAUCAAGGCUGACAACUUUUUUAUCGCUUUUAUAAAGAACUGAAUCAGUUCUUGAGUUUUGGGGGCUUGUGCAACCAAACUUUUUUUUUUUUUUUCAUAUGCAUUUAUAUUAUUCUUUAAAUUAGUUAAUAUUUUGAUGUGUAUGCAUUUACACUCAUAAUAUUGACCUUCAUUCACCUAUACAUUUUUUUUUUUUUUUUUUUUGCCAAAUAAGAAAGUUUGCUAUUUUUAUUUUUUAUAUAUUUUUUUUUUUUUUGCUUUUUUGCCAAAGUCAGAGGAUUUUCCCCCAUUAUCAUCUCAUGCCUUCUGCUUGCUGUUUUGUGACUUUACAUGAGAGACAUUAUUGCUAUAUAAAGAGACAUGUCAUUGAAGUGCCUGCAUGCUGGACAUGUAUGGUCUUUUUGUUCUUUCUUUAUUCCCCUCCGUUUGUUAUGCGCUUGAAAAUGAACUUCUACUUGGAAAAGAACUUCUGCUCAGCAUGGCAUUCAUACAUUUCUUUCAUUUCCCGAUCACUUUUUUGGAAUACGGACUAAAAAAGUGAAAGGAGCAUCAUGUCAUCAUCCUCCCCAUGAAAAAGUUGAUCCAUGCAGUUUCCAUACAUUUAAUUCUCUGUUGAGAGCCAACUGGAAGCAGUGUUUCGAGGGAAAGAACAAGGACCUGGUUUCUGAAAGGAAUUCUCCCUCUGGGACUUAAACAAUGUUGUUGCUAAAAGCGGUUUGUGUAUUUAAUGUCAAACAUUUGCAUUUUGAUAAAAAUGGAAUGGAAUGAACUACAUUUUUUAUUUUUUUUUGCAUCAUAUAAAAACAGUUGAAGGUAGCCCAUGCCACAGGUUGACACGAAGAAGGAAGAGUGACUUAGAGUUUAGAUGUUGCCUGUUCAUUUUGUUAGAAAUUUGGGAAGGCUCCAAGUUUGCAUACAGCUGGAUUUUUAUCAUGCGUAACUUGAGCUUUUUUGCAGCAUGUACUUGCAGUGAAAACAGCAGUUUGACAGUUGUAGUUCAUGUUGUAGCCUGCCAUUUACUGUAUUUUAAAACCAAAGUAUUAAAGUAGAAUUUCAAGUCAACAUGGAAAAUCAUGCAUUCAGAAAAGAAAAAAAAAAAGUUUGAUAUAAAGUCUGACCUAUUUGGAAUGAGUUGCACUAAAUGUAGCUUGUAGCAAAUUAUAUAUCACAUAUUGGAAUCUAUCUAGAACGCUAAUUUAAAAGGCACCCGUCAUGGCUUUGCUGAAAACUAAAGGAUAUAAUCUUAUUUAGUUAUAUAUUGUCAAGCAGGACUCGAUUCUUUCUUUCUUUCUUUCUUUCUUUCUUUUUGUUAAUAAAUUCAUUAUUUACAUGGCAAUAAUGUAGUAAUCAAUAUUAAAAUGUCUGGACAUUGUUUUAUGGUCAGGGAUUGAUACCCUGCUUGUAUAAAAUCAGGAUAUAGCGUUCAUCAAUAAAUUCUUAAAACUAUGUUAAUUAUUAUUUUUUUCAUAUAUAUUUUGCUGUGCAAAAUUAUUUUACCCACUAACCAUAUGUGAUGUUCAUAUAUGCUUAUUUUCAUUUCAUACAAUUAUAUGAUAUGCAAUAAAAAUGCAAUUUGGGCCACUUAAA